GAGUCACUGUCAGUGAGAUUUUGCAGUGUGUCGUGUAGUGUUGGUUUCUUAGAAAAUAUACAAUAUAUUGACGAAUCUUUUGCAAAUUAAUCACAGACAGUUUUUAUGUUCGUGUAUGAUUUAUUAUUGUUUAUUUUUACUUUAUGUAUAUGUAGUGCCAUUGAAAUUUGUGUUCUACACAUCACAAAGAGAUUUGAUAUCUUAAAUCGUCUGCGUUUUGCAAAGAACCAAUUUAUAGAGCUUCAAUAUCCUAAUUUAUCUGAAAUCACAAUAAGCUGAACCAAGUGAAGGUGGAUAACCGUAGCGGAGUCUGGUAUGGGCGUGCGGUGAUUCAAUUACAAUAUAAUGACAGAGGGAGAGAAACAGCAGAGCGCUGGCGGCGCCAAUGCCGCACCACAACACAGGAAGGGGCACAGGAGACAAGAGUCCAUGUACGCUAUGACGGGUCUGUAUGCGGAGUCUGGCUGCGCGGAAGGCGACGCCGGGCCGAGCGUACCCCCGCCAGCACACCCUCGAGAUACCACCAAAUGUCACAGCAGAAACCCCUCUGCUGGCAUAUGCGACAGAGACCGCGAGCGGGAAAAAGAGAAAGAGAAACCCCACCAAAUGUUCCCAGAAAUUUUAGACAUUCCUCAUGACUCAAGAGACUGCGGUAUUCUAUCGUGGAGACCGCUAUUUAUUCAGAGAUUUUCUAGUAUUAAAGUAUUCGUAUUUUUCCUUUCGUUCCUAGUAACGCUGCAGCAAGCGUUAAGCUCAGGCUACAUAAACUCUGUGAUUACAACCAUCGAGAAACGUUUCGAGAUACCCUCCAGCCUCUCGGGGCUCAUAGCGAGCAGUUACGAGAUUGGCAACGUCAUCACCGUCAUAUUCGUUUCAUAUCUCGGCAGUAGACGACACAUUCCAGUAUGGAUAGCAGUCGGUGCCGUCAUUAUGGGCAUCGGCUCGUUGGUUUUCGUCGUGCCGCAUUUCAUAGCGGAAGCUAACAGCGAAAUGAUGAUGAAUAAUAAGUCAGAUGAGAACAUUUGUCGUCUGCCGCGAGCCUUGGAACAGGACAUGAGCGGAUUGGGGAGAUUGUCCCCUGGUUUGCCGCCAAGCAAUCUAAGGCCAGAAAACUGUAUCAAGAGUUCGCCCAGCACGUUUGUACCAGUGAUGGUAUUCGUGGUAGCUCAACUGCUGCUGGGUUGCGGCGGCUCCCCACUACUGACCCUCGGUACAACGUACGUGGAUGAUCACGUGCGACCAGAAUCAUCCAGCAUGUACAUCGGAUGUAUGUAUAGUAUGGCUGCUUUCGGUCCCGUGCUGGGAUUUCUUCUUGGCGCCUACCUCCUUCAAUUCCAUAUGGACUCGUUUUCCGGCACUAUCAUCCCAUUAGAUCCCGGCGACCAUAGAUGGGUGGGUAUGUGGUGGGGAGGCUUCCUACUCUGUGGUCUUCUUCUCAUACUCGUGGCGAUUCCUUUCUUCUCGUUCCCGAAAGUUCUGGUUCGCGAGAAAGAGAAGAUUCGUCUCGUCGAGAAAGCAGCCGCUGCGAGCGGUUCCUCGACAUCCAAACCGCCGCCGAAACCACAGUCAAAUAUCAAGGACACUGGAUAUGGUAAAGAUAUCAAAGACAUUCCCGUAUCCAUGUGGCGGCUCCUUAAGAACCCCGUGUACGUGGUGACGUGUCUCGGAGCUUGUAUGGAACUCAUGAUAGUGUCCGGCUUCGUGGUGUUCCUACCUAAAUACCUAGAAACACAGUUCAGUCUCGGCAAGAGCCAGGCGAGCGUUUUUACCGGGUCGAUAGCUAUCCCCGGCGCGUGUAUCGGCAUCUUCAUGGGCGGUUGUUUGCUCAAGAGAUUAGAACUGCGCCCGAAGGGUGCGGUGCAGUUCGUAUUGAUAUCGAACACAAUAUGUUUGUCUUGUUACGCUUUGCUGUUCUUCCUCGGAUGCGACAACAUCAAAAUGGCCGGCACAACCAUACCCUACACUAACAACAGCAACGUAGAGCCGUUCAAGGUCAACCUGACGGCCGCCUGUAACUUCAACUGUCUGUGUACGGAGACCGACAUGGAACCUGUCUGCGGUAACAAUGGCCUCACGUACUUCUCACCGUGUCACGCUGGGUGUGCCGCCUUUUCUUCCAGAUCCAACUUCACUAACUGUGCCUGUGUCCACGAGAACAGUCGCGACAUGCUAGGUGUGGGAGUGGGACUCGUGAGUGGUGCGUCCGCGUCUGCUCUGACCGCGGGAGCGGCCCGUGAGUACAGCGAGGUGACGGUGGUGCCAGUGGCCACGGCAGGUGCCUGUAACCCACCCUGUACCACCAUCUUCCCGUUCCUCGUGCUGCUGUUCUUCAUGACUUUCGUGGUAGCGGUCACACAGAUGCCGCUACUCAUGAUAGUUUUGAGGUCGGUGAGUGAGGAGGAGCGUUCUUUUGCUCUGGGCAUGCAGUUUGUAAUAUUCCGUCUAUUCGGCUACAUCCCAGCACCCAUCGUCUUCGGCAACCUCAUCGACUCGACCUGCAUAUUGUGGAAACAAUCAUGUAACGGUGAACAAGGAGGAAGGUGCCUGUUGUAUGACAUAGAGCAAUUUCGAUACAGAUACGUCGGCCUCUGCGGUGGCAUAAAAAUAGUCGCAUUAGGUAUAUUUCUAGCGGACUGGUGGCUGGUGAGGAGACGGAGACAUCUAGAAACAUCAGCUCCAUUAGAUCCUCAAAAGGACAUAGCCGGUUCUAUCAUUAGUCUAGACAAAUUGUUCGAGGAGUUACCGUCUGCGGAGAACGCGAGCGGCUUCAGGUCGGGAAUAACUUCCGGUCUCAGUUCCGCCAUCAGCACACCCAACGAUCCCCUCGACCCGCACGAACCUCAGGACCAGCGUCGUCUGCAGCGCACCGACUCUCAGUACUCGCAGGAGUCCCAGAGUCGCGCCAAUUCUCGGGUGCUGGUAGCGUCGCGUCACCUCCGCAACGACUCCAAGACCAUUCAACUGGAACCGCGAGCUCGACAUCACAUCGAGGAGCGACCUCGAGACUUUCCUCGCUCCACCUCGCGGGACUUUUCAGCUCACUCUCAUUCAAGAUCCACUUCGCGUGACUUCAAACCGCACUCGCGCUCAGAUUCCCGAGAUCUCGGACUCGAACAGCUGAAACAGCUCGCCCUCAAAAGCAUGGACAGUCUCGAUUUAACAGUGCUACCGCUCGCCAAAUGUGCGGACGAGGAGAGCAAACGGCUCAUAGAGGGCGCCGGUGUGCUGCGGCAUAGACGAACCGGUUCCAGAGACCUCAAACCUAGCGAAAGUAAACACAAGCGAACCUCAUCACACCACAUCACUAUGGAACCCGGUGAUCUCAGUCUGCAGAUACAGAAAGGGCGAAGCGUCGAUCAGCUGGCGACCACCCAGAUAGACCCGCGGGUGUAAUACAACAUAUACUUAGUAUAAUUAAAAUCAAACUCAACUGAAUCUCUAGGUUCGACGGUGUGAUGUGUGUAGUAACCUGUUGGAACUUAUAGUGAAAUUGACUUGGUGUAGUUGUUGGUAGAAGUGAUGUAUAGAAAAAUAUUUUUGAUGCUAUCUGACACAUUAAUAUUAAUUUAUGAGUGAAUGGAAGUAUUCCCAUAUAAUGAUUUCUUCUAUUACCCUUAGCUAACCACGGAGUGAUUUUGAACCAUAUCUUUAAUGUAGUAUAAUGAUCGCUUAUCGUAUGAGAUAAAAGCUGUUACAGUAAAAUAGUGAUCUAUUUACCUAGAAAUAACCUCGUGUAAGUUUUAUUUCGUGUUCAUAAUUGUUUUGUAAAAAAAAAAAAUAGUCUUUAGCACUAGAAUACUCACGUAGCUCCCAUUCUCGUUAUAAAUUUAAACAUUGUUUUAUUAAAUUUCAUUUAAAAUAAAAAUAGAUUGGUAGUUCCAUGAAAACCUAAACCUAAGAAAAAUGUAUGUGAGGCUUUCAUUCCAAUGUGUUGAAUAUUUUUGUAGUAAUCACUUAUAAAUCUGCACAAAAAAAAAUGUUAACAAGAUUUUUGAGAAUCAUAAGGUAGAAUGCCCACUGUCAUAUUUUAGCUUUUGCUAGUCUUAGUGUUGAGAGUUUGGGGACAUAUAUGAUAUUUCUCGAAAAUUUAAUGAUUAAUUUGAAAAUCCUAUAAGUGUUUAAGUGAGACUAGAUAAAAAUAAUUCAUGAAGCAAUAAUAACCUAGUUCAGAUUUCAAAUAUAUUUUUGAAUGUUAAAUUAUUAAGUGCCUCCGUUGAGAGGAUUUUUAAUUUUCGAAUUUUUCUGGAGAGUGUAUUUUUCUUUUCAUAAUUUUCCAUUUGAUUUGUUAACUUUAUAAAAUUGUUAGCUUUUAUUUUUUAUUUUUUAUAUGUAUAAUUAUUUUUUUAUAAUAUUUGUACAUCAUUUCAGUUCAAAAUAUUGGCCAUAUACAGUAUAAACAAAUAACACAUUAAUCAUAUAUUCUUUGUUAUCUCCAACAUUUUUCUUUGUAAUCAUUCAAAUGUCAAUUUUUAGGCUGGUAUACAUAUGUAUUAAAAAACUCAAUUACUACUGUAGUAAUAUUAUUUUAGUACGAAAUAUAUUUUAAACUAAUUAUAUAUCAUGAAAAAUAUAAAGAGAAAAGACAAAGAAGCAUCUCUGAACAUUUUUGUCAUAUAUAUGUUAAGAGAGAAAUAGUUUGAUAUGAAGAGUGUUAUAUAUCUAAAAAUGCCUUAUUACAAUAGAUUCUAAGACUUGAUACUGAUUUAGCUGUACUUUAAUAGGUUCGAUGAUGGCAACAUCUAAACUAAUUUGUUGCAUUUAGUUAUUAAUAAAAUUGCAUACACAUUUUUAA